UCCAGCUACCUCAGCUACCUGCAUUCCAUCUCGUGUUUACAUUCCAUUCCGUCGCAUUAGUAAUAGUUUAAUAUCUAUGCGUGUACCUGAUUGCAUUUUUCGUUGUUUUUCAUUUUAAUUACUUCCUAUUUUUGUAAUUACUUGAGUUGUUAUGUUCCUGUAUGUUAUUUAACGCCCCCUGUAAAAACCGUUGUUGUCGAAACCAACCGCUGCCACCAUCUGGUGAAUCGUAAGGUAAGUGCCGUUACAAAUCCACUUUUUAAUGCUUUUUUCCCAAAAUUUUUUAUGGUGUGUAGUGUCCACAGGCUCGGGGAUUUUCUAGGGACUUGGACGUUUAACCCACUCCCUCUUUACACGUAACGAAGUAACUUCGUGUGUGCGUUAUUUGUAGACAAAUCUUGUUUUCGUCCCAUCCUUGUCUAUGAUCUGGUUACCGAUCCUAAUUGUAUAGGUAAACGGGGGAUAAAAAUUAAAUAAAUUAUCAUUAGUUUUUUCACCAAUUUAUUUGGCGAAUUUCAUUGAUUAUACCUUGUGAUUUUUAAGGAAAAAUAUACACUGGUAAAAUAAAAAUACGCACCACUUACCAGUAUCAUAAAUCGAUUUGAACUAGUGAUAAAUUUCGGGGUUUUGCUGGUGCGUUUUGUAUGUGAAAUUAUUUGAUUUCAAUUUUAUCGAAUGUUUUACUAAUCAAAACUGUAUGCUGUUUAAUAAAAUGUUUGCUAAUCCUUUCCCGUCUCUAGAUUCCUGGUAUCGACGUCUCCGUCCGUGCCCAUUACAUUCCGAAAUCCUACACAAAAUGUCUUUAAGGGCCAUCCAGAAACAAGUGCAAUCGUUUGGUAACAUUAAAAAAAUCACCUCAUCCAUGAAACUCGUGUCUGCUGCGAAAUUGGCUAAAACCGAACGUUUGUUGAAAGAAGUACGCCCCUUUGGCUUAGGCACACUUUCCUUUUAUAAACAUUAUACUCAUAUUGAUAUGCUUGACUACGUUGAAAAUCACCUCAUAUUUGCGGUUACAUCUGAUCGAGGUUUAUGUGGUGGUAUACAUUCUGCUGUCGCAAAAAAAGUUAAACAAGAAUUGUCUAGAUCAGAUCAAAAAUUUGCCAAAGUAGUAUGCAUUGGUUUAAAAUCAGAGGAACUACUAGUGAAAAUGCAUAAAUCAAAUAUUUUAUUCACAGUUUUUAAAAUAGGAAAAGAUAAUCCCACUUUUAUUGAUGCUUCAAAAAUAUUCAAUGAAUGUAUUAAUGUUGAAUAUUUAGCUUGUCAGAUUUUUUAUAAUCAUAGUGUUUCUAGAAGUAGUUCAAAAGUUGACAUGAUAUCCAUAUAUAACACUGACUUACUUUUGACUGUUGCUCAUAUUAAUAGUUUAGAAGAAGUAGAGGAAGAAAAUAUGAGGAGUUAUAUUGAAUUUUCCACUGUUUCACUAUUAUUUUAUGCUAUGGUAGAAAAUUCUUUGUGUGAACAUUCAGCUCGUAUGAUGGCCAUGGAUUCUGCUACUAAAAAUGUCACUACUUUGAAUGACAAAUUGUCAUUAGAAUACAAUCGCAAAAGACAAUUUAAAAUUACAUCGGACCUUAUAGAUAUUGUUUCUGGAAGUCAAGUUAUAACUGAAAAAUAAUUUGCUAUGCUAAAAAUUAAAAUAAGUUUUAAAACUCAAUUUAUUCAUUUAAUUUUAAAUUUAUAUAAAAAAAUAAAAGAUAUCAAUAGUCAAAUAAUGUAUUGUUUUUAUUUUUUUUUUUAUUUUUUAUUUUUUGUUAUUCAAUUUCAAUGUUAAAUAAAUAAUUUUAAUUAUGUAAAUUAACUUGUUUAUCUGAUUGAUAAUAGUUCAUUAAAUAAAGUGAUAUGAAUGUUGAGUAAUAAAAAUAUGCCAGUGAUGAUAAAUAAGAGUCUGUGUGUUAGAAUUUGUGCCAUGUUGCCUCUUUGUCACAUGUGUCACUAGUUUGGAUUACUAAUAUGAUAAAUAUAGAUAUAUAUAUAUACAAAUUGUUUGAUUUUUGGAAAUGAACCAAACUGAAAAUUGCAAAUAAUCGAACCGAACUAUUGGGUAUUUGGUUCGGUUCAAAAAUCAUUCCAUGCCAAUUCUGUGUGGUCACUAAUACAAUGAUCUGUGGUGGAACAGAGUGGCUUUGUAACAAAAAAGAAAAAUUCUAUUUUUUUUCGCAUUAUUGGGUUUCAUAAUCUCAAAUUGGUAAAGGGCGUAAAGGUUAACCUAAGCUUUUUACUUUUUUAAUGUUAGAAUUCGAUAAAAUAUUUUAAAAGUUCGGUUUGGUUCGACCUUAAAAAUCAGAGUUCAUAACAUCUCCAAUAUAUUAUACAUAUACAAUAUUUAUAAUAUUAUUAUAUAUAAUAAAUGGAUAAAUGUAAGAGGUAUCUUAUGGAGGGAGAAAAUAAGAGUAACUGACCACUAUCAAAAGUAUUAAUAUCUCAAAAAUAUAAUUCACUGAUCUAGCAAGUUUGUAUUAUUUUUUUAAAUAUUUUAUUUUUAUUAUAUAUUAUGUGUAUUUACAUAUGGUAAGACCACCUAAAAAUCUAAUAAAAUAAGUGAAAAUAUGUUUCAUUCUAUUUUUAGUUUUAAUAUAAUAUAUAAUAAAAGAUUUCCCAACUGAAUUGUGUUCUAUUAGUACCAGUUAAAGAUGACACCAUUUUGUGAUUUUUUUAGUGCUACUAUGUCUUUUAUAUAGUAAUAAUAAGAUCAGUUACCCUCUCUUAUUAUAUAGGAUAUUUACCUACCUAAAAAAAACUAAAAUAAAUAAAUAUUUACAUUUUUAGUAAUGUUCUCAAAGAAAAAGAAAAAGCCUCAAAUAUCUUCACCUACAAAUUUUGAACACAGAGUGCAUACUGGUUUUGAUAAACGAGAAGGUAAGUUUAUAGGUUUGCCUCUACAAUGGGCAAGCAUAGUUGGUAACAAUCAAAUACUGAAGAGUACCAAUAGGCCAUUACCUCUUGUGGAUCCAUCAGAAAUUACACCUACAGAAAUAUUGGAUUUAAAGGUGAAUAUAUUGAGUGUACCUUUGCACAGCUCGCGUAGAGUAAAUAAUUACCCUACUCAUUUUAAAUAAUUAUUUUAUGUUAUUUUGGAUGAUGAUAGUGUUGAAAUUUUUGAAAUGUUCUAUUCAUAAUAAAAAAUUAUAACAUUUAAAUAAUAAAAAUAAAAUUAUACAGUUUUUAUUUAACUUAAAUCAUCUUAUGUAAAAAUUAAAAUGUACCUAAGUAUAUUUAGUUUUUUGUGUUGCGUAAUUAAAAAGUCAAAAACUGAAUUAAUAUUAUUCUAGGAAAAUUACCUUGCGUUAUAGAUUAGGAACUCUGAAUUGGUGUAAGUUCUUGAAGAUCAUUGUAUAAUAUUAUUUUAUUUUAUUUUUAGACUAUUGUACGCGGAGAAAAUAAUCCAAAAUUGAAUAAUAACCCUGUUAAUAACCGAAACAAUGAAUCAGCCGGACUUCCGAAAACUUCUAAUGUUGCACGUUCAAAUUCAUUACGCUCAUCGAGUCCACCUAGAAUUCGGAGGCAACAUCCAAAUGUCCCACCACCUUUACCAGAAAAUGAAGUUUUGGUAAUGAACCAAAGUUUAGUACCACAACAUUUACCUCAAUAUCCAACGCCAAAUAAUACUCAAACGAAAUUUGAUUACAGCAAUAAAUAUGUAAGUGAUAUCAGUGUUAAUCUGACCUAGGCCCUUAGUCGUAUUUGUGUCAAGAGCCCCAAGAUUUAUAAAAUAUCGUCAUUUAAUUAUUGACUGUCUGUUAUAUAGAGAUUCAACAUACAUAGUAACGUUUAGACUUUAGUUAUCAAUUACAGAUUGAAAAAUAUAAUAAUUUUUUAGUAAAUUUAUACUAAAAUUGCUGAAAAUCACUUGUAUAUAUUUAUAUAUAUUUACACAAACUUCAUUGUUAUUUUUAGAAAUAUUAUUGACCUUUAACUUUGACUUUCAACCCAAUACCUCACUGAUUUCACAGCCUUUAAAUUUCAUAUAUAGGGUCCCUUUAAAUAACUACUUCAGGGGCUUUUGACGUGCCAGGUCGACACUAAGUAAUAUUAUAUACAUCUAAUUUUUAUUAUGAAUUUGAUUAUUGUUCUAUUUUUUAGGUAAAACCAGAAUGGUCUGGUCAAGAAACUCCAGUUUCAACACGAACAAAUCAGAACAAUACUCCUACUAGCCAAACAAUAAUACCUGAUCAAGGUGGAUCACAUUCGUAUCAAUCUGUUCAAAAUGGAAACAUUCCUCCUAUAUUUUCUAAUGGUUCAAUAGUUGACUCACCAUCAGGAAGUCAAACAUCACAAGCCAAUACUCCAGUACCUCCAAAUCGUGUUCACCCAGUUAUUAAUAAUGCUCAGAUUGUUAGUACAAACAAGGUAAUGGUAAAAUAAUUAUUUUCCUAUUGAUUCAAUUUUUAUUAAUAUCAACAAAUAUAUUUAAUUUAAGGGUAUUGGACAAAGUGUAACGAGAAACCAAGAUCAGAACCAAAAUAUUAAACCUAUCACAAAUGGUAUUUCAACAGCAAGUACUACAUCAAUUCCUAGUGUGGCCACAAAACAACACCAUGAACAACAACGAAUUACUCAUGAACAAGUAAAUAACUGUUCUUUAUUACUGUUAAUGUAAAUAGAUUAUAUAUAUUUCAAAACUAUUUUGUUUUGGGUCUUAAAGUUUAGGGCAGCUCUUCAGCUUGUGGUUAGUCCAGGAGAUCCGCGAGAAAACUUGGAUAGUUUUAAAAAAAUUGGUGAAGGAUCAACUGGAACAGUUUGUAUAGCUACAGAUCGUAUUACUGGUCGUAAAGUAGCCGUGAAAAAAAUGGAUUUGAGAAAGCAACAACGUAGAGAAUUAUUAUUCAACGAAGUUGUCAUAAUGCGUGAUUAUCAUCACGCUAACAUUGUUGAUAUGUAUGAUAGUUUUUUGGUUGGUGACGAAUUGUGGGUUGUUAUGGAAUACUUAGAAGGCGGAGCUCUGACAGAUAUGGUGACACAUACUAGAAUGGACGAAGAGCAGAUUGCUACUGUUUGCAAACAAUGUUUGAAAGCAUUAGCUUAUUUACAUUCACAAGGAGUAAUACAUAGAGAUAUCAAGAGUGAUUCCAUACUUCUGACUACUGAUGGAAGGGUGAUUAUUUUUUAUUUUUUUCAUGAUUUAUUUAAUGUACUAAUUAAAUAAUAUUUAGGUGAAAAUUUCUGAUUUUGGUUUUUGUGCGCAAGUAUCUCAAGAGUUGCCCAAGAGAAAAUCAUUAGUUGGAACACCUUAUUGGAUGUCCCCUGAAGUGAUUUCCCGUUUACCAUAUGGACCAGAAGUUGAUAUAUGGUCAUUAGGUAAUAUAAUUUUUAUUUCAUUUUUUUCACUAUUAUAAUCACGUUUUCUAGGUAUUAUGGUCAUUGAAAUGGUUGAUGGGGAACCACCUUUCUUUAAUGAACCUCCUCUUCAAGCUAUGAGAAGAAUACGCGAUAUGCCUCCUCCUAAACUUAAAAAUUCUCAUAAAGUAAAUAGUAUAAUUUUCUUAAAUAAUAUAUGAAUAAAAAUUAAAUUUUUUAAAUUUUAUAGAUAUCACCCAGGCUACAGGGUUUCUUAGAAAGAUUAUUGGUUAGGGAUCCGGCACAAAGAGCAACUGCUGCUGAACUUCUACAACAUCCAUUCUUAAGGUUGGCUGGUCCUCCUUCACUACUAGUGCCAUUAAUACGAGGUUCUAGGCAUAGCAACUGUUAAAAGGUAAAUUAAUUAUUGUUCGUUUGUGCAAUUUUUGUUAUUUAUUCUUACAUUUUGUUUAAUUAUGACAAUUUUUUUUUUUUGUAAUCUUGUAUUAUAAAAAUUACUUGUAAAAACAUAACUUCCAUUUUUAAUGAAUAUCAGUAUAUUAUUGUAUUUUAUGAAUUUUAUAUUUAUAUAAUUUAUUAUUUAAUGAUUAUUAUUAGACAUCGAAAAUAUUUUCACUUUUUGUCACAAGCUCAAUAUGACAUACUUGAAUAUUGAAAAAUUAGUGCCUUAAAUAUGUAAAUCGUAUACUUUUAAAAAUUAAUAUAUUUAAAUCUCCAUUAUUGUAUAUGAAUGUAAAACCAAAGAUGGAGAGUGUACUUUUACUAAUUGUAACCAGGUGCCUUUUUAUUAUGUAAUAUUUACUUGAUUGUUAAAUUAUGCAGUUAUAAAAAUAACCAUUUUUAACUAUUCAAUAGAAUCUUAUUUCUAUGUAUGAUGAAUAAUAAAUUAAUAAUAUUUUAACUUUUUAUGGAUCGUAAAAUAUAAGAUUUAACAAUUACAUUGGCAGGCGUAUAAUAAAAGCACCAUACAACUGUCAUGCACUUUUAAAUGUUUAAAUUGUUGAACUUUUAAAACGCUUGUUUACAUAACUAUUAGAUAAUCAUUGUCUAUAAUAUUUUAUAAAUUAAUGUUAAGGCUGUUUAAAAUUAAGAUGAAACGAUUAUCAGACUUAAGUAAACAUACACAUGGUACAAUGUAAUGCUUAAACAUUCCAAUUUUUUUGUUAUUCAUUUUUUUUAUUAUUAUUUGUUUCAAUGCCUAUUAUUGUAUUAUUAACGUCAGUAUUUAAAAAUUAUGAAAUUUUAAUUUUCACCUUCUAGUCAGUAAUUGAUGUAUCAUCUCCAUGUAAUUUUUUCAUUGAUAUUUUAAUUUCAACCUCAUUCAUUCUCUAACUUAUUCGAUCUCUGUGUUUACACUGUUUUUUUAAUUUCUAUUAUGACUGAUAAAUUUAAAACUUUACAAUUCAUAACUUGUAUAAUUUUUUAAAUUGACAAUUUCUUUUUCAAACAAUUAGAUAAUGUAAAUUAUCAGUAAUAUACACGUAUACCCAAUUUCAUAAUGUGAUAUCUAUUUUUAUUUUUAAUUGAGAUACAACUAUAUUAUUAUACUUCUUGAACAAAAAGCUAAUGAAUUAUAUUUUUUUAAAUUUAUUGUGAAAUAUCAAUUUGUAAUAUUUACAAUCAGUAUUUUUUUAUUUGUAUGUAUUUAUUUGUUUAUCAUUAUUAUUUAUUGGCUACUUAUUAUAUAUUUGUUUAAUAAUUUAGAAAAAAAGAAAUUGUGUACCAUUAGUUGAACUUGUAACGAAUAAUAAUUUUAGUAAAAAUGUUGUUAUAUAGUUGUUAUAUACAAAAAAUCAAUAUUAAUAUAUAUUAUUAUUUGACAAGAAAUGUAUUAUUAUUUCAAUGGCUAAAUGUAUUUUUUUUCCUAGAUUUCAUCUGUUGAAUAAUUUUGUAUUAAAGUAGAGUAUGUAAAAUAGUUUGCUGAAAA